AUGCUGCUUCUGUCACCCGUCGUCCUCGGAGCGGCCUCCGUUGUCCUCACCCUUGUCUACCUCGCCCGCUGUGUUUCUUCCCCGUUAUGGAGACUGCCCGGCCCGAGGGCAUCCGCCUUCACCUCCUUACUUCUGAAAUGGCAUGAGUGGCACGCCCAAAGGACCAAGUAUAUACACCGCCUCCACGAGGAAUACGGCCCCGUCGUCCGUAUAGCGCCGAACGAGGUGGCUUUUACCUCCUACGAUGCUGUCAAGGAGAUAUACUGUUCUGGGGGCAGCGGGUAUGACAAGACGGAGUUCUAUAACCUAUUCAGACACGCCAAGCGUAAGAGAAUCAUCGCAGACCGCUACGCCAACAGCAACGUGCUGCGCCCGGCGCCCUUAAGUGGCAUCCAGGAAAGGUCUCUUAACUUCAUCAAGCGAUGCGAGGCCUCUGUGGGCAAUAGCCAUGACAUUUUUAUGAGCCUGCACUCAUACGCCUGCGAUUGCGUCACACAUCACCUAUUCCAUCCGUACGGCACAAACUGCCUCCAAGACACCGCGGACGAGGAGAUGAUGCACCAGGUCGCCGCCGACGACAGCCUGCAGAACCGUCUCAUUCAGCACUACAGCCCUGCCCUGCACAAGGCUUUAUCUGGGGUGCUGUACGCCUUUGCCAAGCCUCGUGAGACGCCUCUCGCGGACAACUUUGUGAUGGAGUCGAGCAGGCAGCCCGACCCGGCGCCGUUCACCCUGCUGAGCCGUCUGCACGAGAAGUCGAGCGACUUGGACCAGACCGACAAGGCGGGAGAGAAUCUGGAUCACAUGGCGGCCGGCAUCGAUACCACGGGCGACGGGUUGUGUUUUCUCAUGUGGGAGCUCUCGCAGCCCAGGUCCAUGCAAUUCCAGGAGAAAUUGCAGCGGGAACUGCGGGAGAACCCCGGGGUCUCGUUUGAUAAGCUGCCAUUCCUGGAUGCUGUAGUGCAGGAGGGGCUCAGAGUCUUCCCCGCCAUCCCCAUGUCCCUUCCCCGGUAUGUGCCCCAGGGUGGUCGCACAAUUGACGGGCACUUCAUCCCGGAGAAGGCCAUCGUGAGCUGCCAGGCGUACUCGGUUCAUCGGAUCAACAGCGACGUCUUUCCCCGGCCAGAGUUGUUUGAUCCUGGCCGAUGGAUGGGGCCGGCGGGGGAUGCGGAGAGGAAACGAUUGAUGUUUGCAUUUGCCAACGGUGGCCGGGGUUGCGUAGGAAAGCACCUGGCACUGGCCGAGAUGAAAAUUCUCCUGUCGGACAUUUAUUCUCGUUACACGACACUUCCUGAGACAUCCAUGACGGCCGAAUCGAUGGCCAUGUCUGACCAGCUCAUCUCGUCACGACCCCUGGGCCAGAGGUGUUUGCUGCAGUUUGUUCCUAUUGCCGAGAAACGAGAGUGA